UGGGGAGACUUUCCCUUUCCGGCUACGGGUCCCCAAGCGGGGUGGGAGGCCGGACCCGGGAGCCGAGCGGCGGCGGCGGCGGCGGCGGUGGUGGUAAUGGCGGAGCUGGUACAGGGGCAGAGCGCUCCGGUGGGCAUGAAAGCCGAAGGUUUUGUGGACGCUCUGCACCGGGUCCGGCAGAUCGCUGCUAAAAUUGAUUCAAUUCCUCACUUGAAUAACUCCACACCUCUCGUGGACCCCUCGGUGUAUGGAUAUGGAGUGCAGAAGCGGCCCUUGGACGAUGGAGUAGGUAACCAGUUAGGGGCCUUGGUACAUCAAAGGGCAGUCAUAACAGAAGAAUUCAAAGUGCCUGACAAAAUGGUUGGGUUUAUUAUUGGCAGGGGAGGUGAGCAGAUUUCACGGAUUCAAGCAGAAUCUGGUUGCAAAAUUCAAAUUGCCUCAGAGAGUUCUGGGAUUCCAGAGAGGCCCUGUGUACUUACCGGAACCCCAGAAAGUAUUGAACAAGCCAAGCGACUCCUGGGGCAGAUUGUCGACCGCUGUCGGAACGGCCCUGGCUUUCACAAUGACGUGGACGGCAACAGCACGAUCCAGGAGAUUCUUAUCCCUGCAUCGAAGGUGGGCCUGGUCAUCGGCAAAGGAGGAGAAACAAUCAAGCAGCUGCAGGAGCGCACGGGGGUGAAGAUGGUCAUGAUCCAGGAUGGCCCGCUGCCCACGGGCACGGACAAGCCUCUCCGCAUCACUGGGGACCCCUUUAAAGUGCAGCAAGCAAGAGAAAUGGUACUGGAGAUCAUCCGAGAGAAAGACCAGGCUGACUUCCGAGGUGUGCGCGGUGACUUCGGCUCCCGGCUGGGUGGAGGCAGUAUAGAGGUGUCUGUGCCUAGGUUCGCCGUUGGGAUCGUGAUAGGAAGAAAUGGGGAGAUGAUCAGAAAGAUCCAGAAUGAUGCUGGUGUGAGGAUUCAGUUUAAACCAGAUGACGGGAUUAGUCCAGAAAGAGCGGCGCAGGUCAUGGGCCCUCCAGACCGGUGUCAGCAUGCAGCACAUAUCAUCAACGAGUUGAUCCUCACGGCGCAGGAAAGAGACGGCUUUGGAGGCCUGGCAGUAGCCAGGGGAAGAGGCCGUGGCCGAGGCGACUGGAAUGUGGGUGCCCCUGGUGGCGUCCAGGAGAUAACGUACACCGUGCCAGCGGAUAAGUGCGGCCUCGUCAUAGGCAAAGGGGGCGAGAACAUCAAAAGCAUCAACCAGCAGUCAGGCGCGCACGUGGAGCUGCAGCGGAACCCCCCGCCCAACACCGACCCCAACCUGCGGAUAUUCACCAUCAGGGGCGUCCCGCAGCAGAUCGAGGUGGCCAGGCACCUCAUCGACGAGAAAGUCGGUGGAACUGGCCUGGGUGCCGCCGGAGCCUUCGGACAGAGUCCCUUCAGCCCGCCACCUGCCGCCCCCCACCAAAACGCCUUUCCUCCGAGGGGCUCAGGUUGCUUCCCCAACCUCGCUGCUAAGGUGAACGGAAACCCCCACAGCACCCCCGUGAGUGGCCCUCCUGCCUUCCUGACCCAGGGCUGGGGCAGCACCUACCAGGCAUGGCAGCAGCCCGCACAGCAGGUCCCAAGCCAGCAGAGCCAGCCGCAGAGCAGCCAGCCCGACUACAGCAAGGCCUGGGAGGACUACUACAAAAAGAGUCACCCGGGUCACGCCCCCAGCGCUGCCCCUCAGGCCAGCUCGCCAGACUACACGAUGGCCUGGGCCGAGUACUACCGGCAGCAAGUUGCCUUCUACGGACAGACGUUAGGGCAGGCGCAGGCCCACAGCCAGGAGCAGUAGAGCCCGAUGGCGCCGGCAUUUCCCCUCGAGAUCAGUGUGAAAGAAACCUGUUUGUGACAGAGGUUUUAGAUUCGCGGACCUUUUGAUGAAGAGCUUUGUUUUGUUCUGUGAAACACUAUAUUUAGAUUAACAGAAUAUUUCUAAAAUCCGGGAAAAUUAGUUACUAAAAUUGCUGAUAAUUUCGUUUCAUUAUUUUUGUUUGUUAUUUCAAAUGUGUAAGCUCUGGGAUUCUUUUUGGAGCAGUACCUGCAAAUCCAGGUGCCAGAAUGUGCCUCGGAGCAGUGACAUUUCAACAUGGUAUGUUUUGUUUUGUUUUGUUUUGUUUUGUUUUUGUCUUUUUAUUUACAGAGUUUUUUUGUUUUUGGUUUUGGUUUUGUCUGUUGCAACAGAAGGUGGCUUGGAAGUCUUAGGUAGUAUGUAACAAAUUCUUUUUAAAAAUUUUUAAACAGUAUUUAAAUAUUCUUAAAUGUGUAAAUUCAUUAAGUGUUUUACUUCUAAUUUCUUGUAUCUUGGCUGUCUGAUUUUAUUGCAUUUUUUAAAAACCUGAACUAUUAUGUAUUGUAAUUAAUUAUGUGAAUUCUGAAUUGAGACAGAUAAUUGUAUUGCUGUCCAACAGGGCUUGGGAGGGGACGUUUUGUAGAGUUUAUAUAAUUUCUAGAGUUUUAAGGGGUAAUAUAAACACGUGUGGAUGUAUUUAGCAGACGUUUUUUCAUGUCUCAUUACCGGUUGCGAUUGUGUAUCUAAGACCUCCAAGCUGGUUUUAAAAACAAAACAAAAAACCUUUAUUCUCUCAGAAAUAUAAAUACUGUUAUUUUUAAUAUUAAAAAGAAAUUCAAUAUAACUUUUAACAAACACUGUGGAACAUUAAACCAUAUAAAAAUGUAGUAACUAUUUUUUAAUUCCAAGGUGUUUUUUGCUUUUUUCUUUUGAAUAUUUUCUUAAUAUUUGUCGGAUUAACUAGAUGAAUUAAUAAACCUAGUAUUAACCACAGUAUGAAUUAAAUAAUUGUGAUUUAAUAAAGGGAUAUGAUUUCCAAUGUUUACUGUAGUGUAUCUUGUACAGAUAACAUGUAUUUUUAAAGGAAAAAAACGGAACCGAAGCUAUUUUUUCUUGCAUUUGUAAUCGACCUGAGGGACAUUCCGUCUGAAAUGUACUGAAGUCAGUUUCUGGUUUUUCCUCCUUGUUUUCCUUACAGUGCUUGAAAUGUCUAACUAUUACAGAGGACUUGGAGAAUGUUAUGCAUGUUGUUUUAAAAGGUGUUCUUUUUAUUUGACUGACAAUUCAUUUUACACUCUAUAUAAUAAAAUCCCCGCAGGCCACAGGUCUUGUGGAUGCAGCGUC